AUGGGUACACGGAAAUAUAAACGAAGGGUUGUAGCUACCCUUCGUUCAACUCCCCUCCACCAUUGCCUUCCGCUCAUUCGCAUACAGAGCCCAACUAUGGAUGAAUUAGACUUCACAAUAGCAAUCAUGGGGGCAACUGGUAGUGGCAAGACCUCAUUCAUCAAUACCGCGAGUGAGAGCGACUUCGUCGUUGGCCAAGGCUUGCAGUCGUGCACAGAGGAUGUCAAGAUGACCAACACGUUCCGAGUGGAUGACCGUCCAGUACGACUCGUGGACACACCCGGUUUCGACGAUACGACGCGUUCAGACUUCGACAUUCUGAAGACAAUAGCCGACUACUUGACAUCAGCAUACAAAGUAGGGAAGACCCUCUCCGGGGUCAUCUACAUCCACCGCAUCACCGACACGCGCAUGAGCGGCAUUUCACGCAAGAACUUCAGGAUGUUCCGCAAAGUGUGCGGCGAGAGCACUUUGAAAAACGUGGUCAUCAUGACCAACAUGUGGGGGUCGAUCGAACGAUCCAUCGCAGAAGCUCGUGAAGCGGAACUGGCAAACGAAGAACUGUGCUUCAAGCCCGUCCUUGAGGCUGGUGCAAAGAUGCUUAGGCAUGCCGGCACCCGCGAGUCUGCGCACGAUGUACUGAGGCAUAUUCUUGCAAACCACGGUGGGCCCGUCGUUUUGGACAUUCAGAAGGAGCUGGUAGAUGAGCACAAAGACCUGGAGAAGACUGGAGCCGGAGAUGCAUGUAUAGACGAAAUGGCCAAAGAAGCUGAGCGGCGUCACCAAGAAGAGAUGCAGAGAAUUCAGAGAGAAAUGGAAGAGGCUUUAAAGAGAAAGGAGGAGGAAGACAGGCGAAGAAUCGAAGAAGAGACUCGUAAACGCCGCGAAGAGGCAGAAAGGGUCGAAGCAGAAGCGCGGCGUAUCGCGGAGGAGAUCAGACGCCAACGAGAGGAGCAAGAGAGGCGUAUUCGAGAGGAAGAGGAGAGGGCACGAGAACAGGCGCGACGUGCUUGGGAGGAGCACGAGCGUCGGCGCAAGGAGCUCGAAUGGGAAGUAAAGUGUGCCGCUGAGAGAGCCGAACGUGAAAGGCGAGAGCUUCAGCGGAGGAUAGAGGAGGCACGGCGGAGGCAGGCGGAAAGGGAUAGCCUCAUCUGCAUAGUGCAGUAA